AUGAAAGUAGAUAAAGAAAGAAAGAAAGAAAGUGCCGUGGCAAAGAAAACUGUGAAGAAGACUGUGGCAAAGACCGUGGCAAAGACCGUGGCAAAGACCGUGGCAAAGACCGUGGCAAAGAAAACUGUUGAAAAGACGGAAAAUAACGAAGAAAAAUGGGCUUCACUGGAUCCAGUCUUCCUCGAUUUUUUAUUAGAUCGAACACCUAUAGUUACAGAAAAACGAUUAUCGAAUAAGCGACAUAGCGCAGGGCGUGAUGAUGUCGACUGUGAGGGAAUCUUGGAAGCCACGCGUUCGCUCGUUCACUCGGUCCACCCGGGUUACGUCGAAUGCGGUGAGUCCUCGUGCAGUGGUGUCGCGCUAGUGUGCGCUAGUGCUUCACCUUGCGCGUCAUCGUUGCGAACUUGCACUCCGUUCCCGCGAGAAAAUAACGGUAUCGCGGCCGAUCGACGACCACUGCCGCCUGCAGCUGGCUGGCUCGUCCCGUCCACGGCGGCACACGGCGGCUCAUCGGCGCGGCGAGCUAGCGCGGUAACGUGGACGCGACCUUUGCGUCGCGAAACGCAUGUCGCGGCACUCGCAGCUGGACCGGCUCUGGAUACUGAUUCCAAAUACGCGGAGUUGUUGAACAGUGAUCCACCAAUGGAAUACACAAAUGAUUUUGAGUACAUGCCUCCGCUAGAUAUUUCUUUCACACAUAACGAUACCUUCUGGGAGGUCCUCAAGGAGCAACCUUUAGAAAAUUUAAAUAUAUAUUCAGAGGAAGCUGAAGAAAAAAUAGAGGAACAAAAACCAGAAGAACAAAAAACUGAGAAACAAAAAACUGAGGAACAAAAAGCAGAGAAACAAAAAACAGAAGAAACAAACAACAUUGAAGAAGAAACAAACAACAUUGAAAAAGAAACAAACAACAUUGAAAAAGAAACAAACAACAUUGAAGAAGAAGAAAAAGACGUUCCAGAUUAUUUAACAGCUACUGAUCCUGUAAGUUUGCUGGAUAAAUUUGAGUCCGUUGUUAAAGAAACUAAUGAAACCAGUAAGCCACAGUUGCCAAACCACAGUUGCCAAGAAACAACCACGGCAAAUACUACUUCAUUGCAGCUACAGUUUGAGCAUAGCUAUGCAAAAACUGCCAGCUCCGAAGAAAGCUGCAGUAACAAUGAAACUAUAUCCUUGAACCAAUGUAAAAACCCAGCAGUCUUAAAAAAUGGAGUGAAGGAUAAUUUGACUAAAAAUAAAAAUUGUCAAAAACUUCCUAGCAAGUUAGACAUAUCGACAAUCAAGUCACCUUGGGCACAAAGGAUAAUAAAACGACGAUUGAAAAUGACUCAAAAUAUAGCGAUAAACAGCGAAGUCUUAAAAGAAAAUAAAGUGACAAUCAACAAAGUCUCUAAUGAAAAUUUAGUGACAAACAAUGAAGUCUCUAAUGAAAAUAUAGUGACAAACAACGAAGUCUCUAAUGAAAAUAUAGUAACAAACAACGAAAUCUCUAAUGAAAAUCUAGUGACAAACAACGAAGUACAAAAUAUGCAAGAAGUGAAAAUGGAAUACAGAAAAAAAAUUAAUUUACAAGAAUACCGUAAUAGAAGAAACAAUGAUAAAGAAACCUUGCAGAUUACAAAAAGUAAAUGGAACAUAGAAGAAGAAAAAGACAAAUUAGACGCAUCUACUUGCGACAUGGGUAUACAAAGAAAUGAAAUUGACAUUGAACUUUCUAAAAAGUUAUUGCUGGAGGAAAAAGAAGGAGAAGAAAGAGAGAAUAAGGAAAAUAAGGAGGAAAGUACAAAAAAUGAAAGACAAGAGUCCUGCAAAAGAUUGUCUCGCAGUUUAAGUCGAUCUAGAUCAAAAAGUAGAAGCAAGAGGCGCAGAAGCAGGAGCAAAAACAAGAGCUUAAAGAGGAGCAGGAGCAAGAGUAGAAACAGAGACAGCAGAAAGAGAAGCAGGAGCACAAGCAGCAGCACAAGCAGUAGGAGUACAAGUAGUAGCACCAGCAGGAGCAGAAGCAGGAGUAGAAACAGUAACAAGAGGAGGAGUAGAAGUAGGAGUAGAGACAGAAGGAGACGUAGAAGCAAUAGCAGAAAUAGAUACCAAAGCAGGACUGGAAGGAGAAGAAGUAGAAACAGGAGCAGGAAUACAAAUAGCAGAAGCAUAAGUAGAAAUAGGAGUAGGAGUAGACCUCGUCGUCGAACAAUAAGUCAUCGACGCAGCUCCAUUAGCUCGAACAGCAGUUCACCGCUGACGACUACUCCUGAGUCCUAUAUCAGAUCUGGAUCCAGUUCAAGGUCUUCCUCUUCCUCUUCCUCGAAAAAGAAUAGAUUGUUUAAUCAUCAAAGGAGCAGCGAUGUAGAAAGAAGUUAUGACAGAUAUGACAGAUGUUCCACUUCCAAUCGCUAUAAUCAUGAAAGUUACAGGAGAUCGCCACCUUUCUCCACCAAUUACCACAACAAAAGAAAGCAAAAUGAAAUAGACGAACGAAGAGUGAUCCAUAUAGGAGACUUGGAUGCAAACGCUACUGAAUCUAACCUAUAUCACAUAUUUAGACCAUUUGGAAGAAUUGAACGUAUUAGCAUACAUUUUUCAAAUGGCAAUAAGUACGGAUUCGUGACCUUUUCACAUCAAGAUGAAGCGUUUAAAGUAUUGGACUGCAGAAACCACGAACCUUUAUGCAAAUAUUCGAUAGGAAUUGGAGGUCGUCGAGAAUUUUGUCAAUCAGCGUACUCAGAUCUUGAUGAUACGAAACAAAAAGAAGCAAGGAGAAAAGGAUCUUCUGGUUUCGAUUUCUUGGAGGAACUCAAACAACUCCAAGCAGAUUUAAGAAAUAAGAAAAAUAUAUGAUAUAUGUAUAUUAAUAGUUAUAUAAGUAUAAUUUAGAUAAUAUUAAGAAGAUUAUUAAGGUAAAUUGACAGAAGAAACGCACUUGUAUCUGUACUCAUGCAUACGAUGUACGCAUACAAUGUGUUUCAAUUCUGCUCUUUUACUACAAUAAAUAGUCAAUGUUAGGAGCAUGCAAACAUUGAAAUUUUCGAUUAUUCGAUAUAUUUGACUUUUUUUCGAAUACUUAUUUCUUUAGUUUACCGAAUUUUAUAGUUUUUCAAAAGAACGGUAAAUUUUAUUGAUUUUACAUAUUAUGUGGACAUUUAAUUUUGUUUUAAUAUUAUUAGAUCCUUAUUUUAAUUUGUGUCAUGUAACAUAUUUUAUCUAAAUAUGUUAUAUAGUCAAUUUUGAUAGUUUUGUUCAGGUGUCCCACAUGUGUCACUCUCUAUUUAGAACAAUUCGAAAUUCGAAAGAUAUUGACUUUAUAUCACUUUCUUGGCAGAGGUGCUAUAUAUUAAUGAGCUACGGAUAAUCGAAAAUAUUCAAAUUAAUGAACUGACAAGUACCUGAUAAAUAAACAUAAAGCUUAUUUAUAGCUUUGUUUAUUUAUAGUUAGGAACACUGUAUAUUUUUAAAUAUGUAAAUUCAGUUUUUUUACAAAUGCUUUAACCUUGGCAAAAUAUUUAUUGUUUUUGUCAUGAUUUCUUUAUAAACAUUUUAAACACUUCUGUAAUGUUUAUUUUUUCAUACAUUAUUUUCAUACAUUAUUUCAAAU